AUGGGGAUCCUCGUUCCAGCUGAUGCCUUCCGUUCAUCCCCAGGCAUCGCCCCCGCGUCCGAUGGCCUGGCUGUGGUUAGCUUUCACGAUACUGGGAAGCAUCAGGAAUGCACCCAGAGCACCCCUGGGCUCAGUUCCGAGGAGGGCUUCGGGUCCGUGGAGAAGGUGCUGCUGCUCACCUUUCUCUCCGCCAUCAUCCUCAUGGCCAUCUUGGGCAACCUGCUGGUCAUGGUGGCCGUGUGCCGGGACAGGCAGCUCAGGAAAAUCAAAACCAAUUACUUCAUCGUCUCCCUCGCCUUCGCGGAUCUGCUGGUGUCGGUGCUGGUGAUGCCCUUUGGUGCCAUUGAGCUGGUUCAGGACGUCUGGAUUUACGGGGAGAUGUUUUGCCUGGUCCGGACGUCUCUAGACGUCCUGCUCACCACUGCGUCCAUUUUCCACCUGUGCUGCAUUUCUCUGGACAGGUACUACGCCAUCUGCUGCCAACCCCUGGUUUACAGGAACAAGAUGACGCCCGUGCGCAUCGCGCUCCUCCUGGGCGGCUGCUGGCUCGUCCCCAUGUUCAUCUCCUUCCUCCCCAUCAUGCAAGGCUGGAACAACAUCGGCAUAGUCGAGCUGAUCGAGCAGAGGAAGUUCAACCAGCACUCCAACUCCACCUACUGCGUGUUCAUGGUCAACAAGCCCUACGCCGUCACCUGCUCGGUGGUGGCCUUCUACAUCCCCUUCCUGCUCAUGGCGCUCGCCUACUACCGCAUCUACGUCACCGCCAGGGCGCACGCGCGCCAGAUCCGGCGGCUGCAGCGCGCGGGGGCCGGGGCGGCCCCGGAGGGGGGCCGGGGCGCGGGCCGGGGCCGGGCCCCGCCGCCCGCCGACCCGCACGGCGCCACCCACCGCAUGCGCACCGAGACCAAGGCCGCCAAGACGCUGGGCGUCAUCAUGGGCUGCUUCUGCCUGUGCUGGGCGCCCUUCUUCGUCACCAACGUGGCCGACCCCUUCCUCGACUACGCCGUGCCCGCGCAGGUGUGGACCGCCUUCCUGUGGCUCGGCUACAUCAACUCGGGCCUCAACCCCUUCCUCUACGCCUUCCUCAACAAGGCCUUCCGACGUGCCUUCCUCUCCAUCCUCUGCUGCGACGGCGGGGGCCGCUCGCGGAGGCCGUCCGUGCUGCUGCGCCCCCCCGCGGGGCCCGGCUCCUCCUCCGCCGCCGCCGCCGCCGCCGCCCCCGCCCCCGCCACGGCCUCCGCCGCCACCCGCCAACGGCUCCACGCACCUGCUCAGCCAGAACGCCAGCGCUUCCACCGAGAGCGUGUGGACAGUCUCCCCCGCAUUGAGGACGCGGCGGAGUGCGGGGGCCGCUGGGAGAGUCAGUGCCACCCCUCGGAGGGCGACGUCUCCCCUGGUGGCCGCCCGGCCCAGUGA